ACUAAAUAGAAACAACAAUACGUAUGUACAUAUCUAAAUUAAAUUUUAAGUAUGUAAAUCGUAAAUGUGCCGGCGAAUAGUUAACCCCACAUAUUUUUAAAUUUGCGCGCUUUUGUAGUUGUGCCGACUGCUGAAGAGGCAUGUCUUCUGUCAAGCCGCAGAUAUUAAUUAUAGAGCCAUUCUAUGGCGGAAGCCAUAAGCAGCUAAUAGAUACUUUGAUCGAGAGCCUGAAUCUAACCGACUAUGAGCUUUUCAGUCUGCCAGCAAAUAAGUGGCACUGGCGAGCCCGCACCUCUGCACUUUACUUUUCACAGCUAAUUCCGCCUGAGCACAAUUACAAAGUACUCUUCACGAGCUCAGUUCUUAGUUUGGCUGAGCUAAUAGGUGUACGUCCCGACUUAGUCACAUGUCGAAAAAUUGUCUACUUUCACGAAAACCAGCUUGUAUAUCCAGUGCGUGAGGUGAAGAAACGCGAUUGUCAGUACGGAUUAAACGAGAUACUCUCUUGUUUUGCCGCAGACAUCGUGCUCUUCAAUUCAAACUUCAAUCGCAAUUCAUUCCUGGACAACGUGCAGCCCUUUCUUAAUAUUCAGCCUGAUUUCAAGUUAAAGCACAUUCGCGAGAAAAUAGAAAAAAAAUGUGAGGUGCUGUACUUCCCCAUUAAAUUUCAUGCGUUCCCCAAUAAGCGUCGCAUCGUGAAUGUAGAAGUUGAUGUUGAUGUUGCUAACCUGGAGCAAGAGUGCUUGCAUUUGAUUUGGCCCCAUCGUUGGGAGCACGACAAAAACCCAACUCUGUUGGUUGAAGUGCUACUCGAGUUAAACAAGCGGCAGGUAAACUUCAAGGUUACCAUCUGUGGCGAGAAGUUCCCGAAAGUGCCAGAAGCCUUUGAGGGAAUACAAGAAAAGCUGGGCGCCAAGCUCGUUAACUAUGGCCGCUUAUCGCGCGAAAAAUACAUAAAGACGUUGCUCACUGGAGACAUCGUUAUUUCGACGGCAGACCAUGAGUUCUACGGCGUGUCUAUGCUAGAAGCUACAUACUGCGGUUGUUACCCUAUUGCCCCUAAUAAGCUGGUAUACCCAGAAAUCUAUCCCAAGGUAAACCUGUACAACACGCCUAACUCUCUGAUAAAAAUGCUUUACAAUUGGUGUCGAUAUCCGGGACCUUUCCGUAGGAACCGAGAUAAAUUCUUCCAGUCCUUCUCGUUUGAUCAGUACUCUGCAAAGCACUUAGUGCCCCGGUAUCUCGAUAAAAUGGGGACUUAGAUUUUUAGCUUUUGAUUUAAAUCAUAGUAUAGAGAAAGCUAAAUGAAAGGAUCGAAUCUAUUACAUACACAUGUUAUUUAAAAGUUGGUAGAUCUAUAUUAAUAGAUAUGUAAUGCGUAAUCCAAAUUGACACCGAUUGAAAAUUGAUUUUUCAAAAGAGCGAUUAGAGUAUAAUUAUGUAUUACUGCGGCUACCUAUCAUGAAGCUUAAGUUGUUAUACACAUCCUACAGUGUAAAAAUCUUGCUGGAUGUUUAUAUGUAAUGACUGCAACUUUCAAGUGGCGAUGCAAUUACUGCACCAUCAAGUGGCCCGUGUGAAACCAGCAGAAGGCUGUUGCGCGCGGAUCUCAGGCAAAACGCAGCCCUCGAGCGCGAAAAUGCAGGAAAGAAAGCUUUUAGACUAAUAUGCGAGGAAAAUUAAAACUAAACUUACUAAAAGAACUAAGCAUGCAUUCAAAAUACAAAAACAAGUAAAAUUGCUAAUUACGAGAAAGGUA